CAACUGUCAAAAAGAAACAUAACCUCUGAACGUCCUUUUUGUAUCUUGUUUCGAAACGCGUCGAGGUUCGGCGGUCGCAUACACCACGUGUUGAAAAAUUUAUUUAUCGAACAUUGUUUACGAAUAUUAACUAUGGCAAGUGAAUUAGAAAGUAAAAUUAUUCGACAAAUUGAGUAUUAUUUCGGAAAUAUAAAUUUACCACGUGAUAAAUUUAUGCAAGAAAAAUUGAAAGAAGACGACGGCUGGAUAAGUUUAGAGGUAUUAUUAACAUUUAAAAGACUCGCUAGCCUUUCUGAAGACCCCGAAGUUAUUGCUACAGCAGUAGAAAAAGCGGAAAAUGGGUUGGUGGAAGUAAGUGAAGACCGAAAGAAGAUUCGAAGGAAUCCCGAUUUGCCUUUACCAGAACUCAAUGAUGCUCGCAAAAAGGAGCUUAUGGAACGUACAGCCUAUGCAAAGGGUUUUCCAUUGGAUGAAUCAUUAAAUGAAAUAAUUAGCUUCAUGGAUCAGUAUGGACCAGUAGAUUCAGUCAACCGUCGUAGCACAAAAGAUCAUAAAUUCAAAGGAUCUUGUUUCAUAAUCUUCAAGGACAAAGACACUUGCCAGAAGUUUAUUGAUCAAGAAAGUGUCAAAUAUAAAGAUACUGAGUUGAUUCGUAAAUGGCAGGAUAAAUAUUUUGCUGAAAAAAAGAAAGAAUAUGAAGAUAGAGUAAAAUCUAAAAAAGACAAAAAACAGGCAAAAUUGGAGGAAAAAUGUAAGCAGCUUGAAUAUCCCAAGGGUGCAGCAAUACAUUUCACGGGUAUCCCUGAAGGCAAAUCUUUAACGCGGGAAGAAAUUAAAGAGAAAAUUGUACAAGUAGAUGAAAGCGUGACUGUUUCAUUUAUUGAAUUUUAUAAAGGAGAUGUUGAAGGCUACUUGAGAUUCUCAGCAGAGAAUGCAGCUGUAGAUUUUGUGAAAAAACUCACAGAUGAGGAACUAGAAGUGAGCGAAGUUAAGCUAAAACUCAAAGUUUUAGAAGGGACUGAAGAAGAAGAAUAUUUAAAGAAAACGGCAGAAGCCGUUACAAAAAUGAGGGAGAAGGCUAAAUUAGGGAAAAAUAAUAGGAAGAGGAGGGGGAAUUUCUCAAAUGGACGAGAGAGUAAAACGAAAAAAACAGAGUAGUAUGCCAAUCUUAGUGUAGAUUUAAGAUUUUUCAUGCUUUGAAAGGUGAGCGAUUUUAAAAUGAACCACCUUUCCAUACAAUUAAUUAGAUAUAUAACGGUAUAUACAAACAAGUUUUUUUUUAUGAAUUAAUUUAAAGAAUGUUAUUUUAAUGUUUCUUUUUUAUUAUUUUACUUUAUUGUAAUUAAUAAUGCUGGACAUUUUGUUUAACACUUUUCAACAACUACAUAUUUGAAAAACUGCAGCAGUAACAUUUAUUCUUUUGAAAGUGAGAUAAGUAAGGCGAUAUUUUUCAUAAAUAAUUUUUUUUUACAAACAUUGCAGUUUUACAGUAUGUUGUUUAAGUUGACUAGUAUAAUUUAUCUUGGUGUAAAAAAUUAAUAGAUUGAAAAUUGUUGGGCGUUGAUAUGUUAGAUAAUUUUAAAAUCACUGUAUCAUGUAUAUUCGUAAUAAUUUAUUAUCUUUAUAACUAGAUGUUAACUUUCCGCUCUUUACGGAUUUAUUUUUGUGCUCCUUUUUAUUAUGAAUAAAAAUAAUGAACUCGU